UCGUUCAGUGGCGUUCGUUUUGUGUCUGCGCGGAAAUAUCCCAACUUAAUUAAAUAAUUGUGCAAAAUAUGAGGCUUGUUUUACAUUCAUAUCGGCAAGGUCACACGGCUAAUGAAGAAUAUUUUCAGAACAAGUGUGUGAUGCAUUGCAACGCACGAAGUGAAUGACAAGUUCCAAGAGUUUCUAACAAGGGUUUUGCAUUAAUUGUAUUUCAUGAAGCUUCGUGUUAAAACGCAUUGAAGAAAAGUUUAGCUUCGAGACAUAAACAAUAAAAUAAAGGAAGAGCAUCCCGGACCCCGGCAUGUCUCGGCUGUCAACCCUGGCUGUGGCAGGGCUACUGCCCCUGCUGUGGGUGUCGCUGGUGGGGGGCAGCGCCCAGAUCGUCUUCCCCAAGGAUGAGACUCCCCCUGCUGCCGCCCGACCGGCUGUCGCUCUCACUGCUGAUAACCCUACACGAUUGGCAGCUCUUACUGAAGAUGAGGCUUCGGUGAGUCUCACUGCGUCCCGCGUAGGAGGAAGCCAUGUCUCGGGAGGAGGCCAUGUCUCGGGAGGAGGCCAUGUCUCGGGAGGAGGCCAUGUUUCAAACGUCGCCCAAUUCAACAGCCCCAAGCCCGCGGCCAACAGCGGGAUUGGACUCUUCUUCCCGCGAGAUGAACCAUUGCCAAAGGUAAGCUGCGUCACUGCCGCAGGGGAGCCGGGGCUGUGCCGCCUGCUGGUGCAGUGCGCCACCUUCUUCGCCGACAUCGCGGUGUUGUCGCGCUCGCCGUGCGCCAUCGACGCCAACAAGUCGGGCGUCUGCUGCCCCGUGGUCGCCCAUCCCACCCAGGACACCAACAGCAUCGUGGAUAAACCUCCUCCCGCGGACGUCGCCCGACCAAAUCUUGAGCCUCAGCAGAUCAAUUUUGCCGUCGAGCAGUCGCAGGAGCAAGAGAAGAGGAAAAUCGAAUUCGAGAGGGAACUUGUCUUUAAGAACAUCGUUGCUGAGAAAAACACGCCCGUGUUCCUACACGCACGCCUCUUCGACCCGAGCCCCAACGUGGUGGACAAGGCCAAAACGGCGGCCGUCGCACUCUCGACCACCCUCAAUAUAGUCAAGGAGUUUAGCUUCAGCAAAGAAGAAGCUGAGUCUGGCCUGAGCAAACUGAGCGUCAAGGAUACGAUCAUUGCUGACUCAUGCCCUCCUGAUCCCAUCUGCCCUGAAACUAAAUACCGGACAGCGGACGGAUCCUGCAACAACAUCCGCCACAAGGAGUGGGGAAUGGCAGCAACCGCUUACCAGCGCAUCAUCAUUCCAGACUACAGUGAUGGAGUGAACGCGCCCCGCCUGAGCGUGUCGGGUUCUCCCCUUCCCUCGCCUCGCGCCCUAAGCCAAAGGAUGUUCGUCAUGAGGGACGACCUCUACCAGGAGUUUACGCUGCUCAUCAUGCAGUGGGGACAGUUCCUGGACCAUGACAUCACGCACACUCCCAUUAGCAAAGGGGACAACUUCGCCGACAUCGUGUGUUGCUCGCGGGGCGCCAUGCGGCCACCGCAGGAGCUGCACCCCGAGUGCAUGCCCAUCGAGAUCCCCGAGGACGACGCGUUCUACGCGCGCUUCUCGCAGCGCUGCAUGGAGUUCACUCGCUCCGCUCCCGCCAUCAGGAAGGAAUGCAAGUUCGGGCCCCGCGAGCAGAUGAACCAAAUCACCGCUUAUAUUGACGCAAGCAACGUGUACGGGUCAAGUGAGAGCGUGCAGCAAGGACUGCGUGAGGGCAGAGGAGGGAGGCUGCGCGUGACGAGGCAGGACGAGCGGGAUCUACUGCCGGGGGACCAGCGGGCCCUGGGUUGCCGGGCCACGAGACCUCUCUGCUUCAGAGCAGGUGAUGUGCGCGUGAACGAGCAGCCGGAUUUGGUUGUGCUGCACACGAUCUGGAUGCGACAACACAACAAAAUCGUGGCCGAACUCUCGCGCCUCAACCCGAGCUGGACCGACGAGGCGCUCUUCCAGGAGGCUCGUAGGAUUGUCGUGGCGCAGAUGCAACACAUUACCUACAACGAAUAUUUGCCCAUUGUUCUCGGACAAGACUUCAUGGUGAGCUUUGGCUUAGUGCCACUUCCGAGUGGAUUCGCCAAUACCUACAAUGACAAGGUCGAUGCCUCCAUCAACAACGCCUUUGCCGCCGCCGCCUUCAGAUACGGACACACUCUCGUCACCAGCAACAUUCAGGGAUACUCGAAGUUCGGAAACGUCGACCGCGACUUAAAACUGAGUCAUUCUCAGUUUUCUCCGUUCUUCCUGUACGAGAAGGGUACGCUGGACUCCAUGUUACGAGGCCUGUCUAUCCAACCCAGCCAAAAAUUCGACAACAUCUUCACGGAGGAGUUGACAAACCGCCUGUUCGCUCAAAAUGGUUCGUUCGGUAUGGACUUGAUAGCGCUGAACAUCCAGCGCGGCCGCGACCACGGCUUACCCGCGUACAACCAGUGGCGGAAAAUCUGCCACCUGCCCACCGCUCAGCAGUUCUCUGACUUCACUGACGUCAUUCAGCCUGAGAACGUGGAGAGGUUGGCAACGCUGUACGAUAACGUGGACGACGUCGAUUUGUUCAUUGGAGGACUGAUGGAGACGCCCAAAGCUGGCUCACUGCUCGGCCACACGUUCCUUUGCAUCGUUGGAGAUCAAUUCGCUAGACUCAAACUCGGAGAUCGUUUCUUCUACGAGAAUGGAGGCUUGCCGUCUUCUUUCUCGGAAGCGCAGUUGGAUCAAAUCCGCAAGACGAGCAUGUCGCGGAUCAUAUGCGACAACUCCGAUGAUAUACAGACAAUCCAACCACUGGCCUUUAUCCAAGCCAACCUUCCAAACCAGCGGGUCUCCUGCAAAGACGAGGUCCUCAUCCCCAGGAUGAGUCUCGAGCCCUGGCGCAACGAGCCCGUGUCGCUCUGAGUGCCGGAGUUACCCUAAAAAGGACGACGCAGUUCUUGCAGGCCACGUUGUAGAUCACAUGGAACUAUAGCGCGCGUAACUGCUUAGGUUUGAUCGAAUAGUGUUGCUGCACUAAAUCGGGUUCUAAAUUUAUUUCCAUGUUUCAUGUUAGAUAAGCGUUCGAACAUUCAAUUGCGAAAAUAUCCGGAAAAGAUUCAUAGAGCCUCAAAAGAGGUAGUUAUAUUAUCAACAACAGGUAUGUAAUUUUGCCUGAAAUCAAUAUCAAUAAUAUCUUGCACAUA